AUGAGUUUACCAAGGGGGUACCCCUUAUAUGUUUGCGAUGAAUACAGAAGUUUUAACGUAACUGUGCCAUAUUUAGAUAUCAAUAUCAUGCUUCGGUGUAUUGGACAGGUUUCGUCAUUAAACGAUACGUAUGGUUAUAAACAUUUGUUUUGGCAACCGAAUGACAAGUCUAACGUUCGGAUCUUACUAAAUUGUCAAGAUUACGGUCGCUUGUUUGGUUACUUGCAAUCCCAAAGAAAAUGCACGGUUUAUGUUGGAGAAGGAACGCUGAAGAAACACGGAUUAACCAUCUCUACAUACUUUGACGAAUUCCUGGACCACAGAAAGUUCGAGGAGAAAGGAACCUCAUGCACAAGGGACGUACACGAAGAGCCCUCAUCUCCGGAAGCUGCUCCUAGAAAGGAAAUAAACCCGAACGCGAAGGAUAGUGUGGUCGUGCCAAGAGAAUGCUUGGAUAGUUUUACAGAACAGCUUUUCAAGUUGGAAGAGUCUCUAAACAAGUUGGAACUCGAGCAAAAGGCUAAAACGCUCACUGACAAGGAGCCUGGCCACAGAAUAAGUGGCACAAUUGACAUCCCUGAAGAUAAACCGGAACUGGUUAACUUCUUCAUGCAAUUGAAAACUGUGAAACAGCUUGAGGACGUGUUCCAACGUUAUCAUGACUACGAAAAGUUGCUUGAGAAACCUGCCGGUGUGACGCAAAUCCUGGAUAACCUUUCAAAAGAUGAAACCAAAAUUACUCAAAAAGCGGAGAUUGGAACGGAAGACCCGAAUGAUCGCUCACUGCAAGUUAUAGUGAACCAAAGGGACAAUUCCUUGUACUUCCAAUUGUUCAACAACACAAACUCUGUUCUGGCUGGUAACUGCAAACUAAAGUUCAUCAGUGCUGAGGAUAAUCCAAUCGCAGGUAUAAUUGAAAUGGGCCCUCAUGAAAUAGGAAUAAAGGAACGCAAGGAAUUGCGGUACUUCCCGUAUGCACCCGAACUAACGACUGGUUCCACUGUCGAAAUAGAGAAUCAAUAUGGAGAGGUGAUCUUCUUGGGUAAACAUGACAGUUCUUCAAGAGUUAGCCUAAAACCGCCUUCAAGAUUAUCUGCGGAGAGUUUACAAGCAUCCCAAGAGCCCUUCUGUUCCUUUCGAAUCGAUACAUUACCGGAACUAGAUGAUUCCAGUAUCAUAAGCACAUCCAUAUCACUAUCUUAUGUCGAUGGCAACGAUGAGAAAGCGUUGACUUGGGAAGAACUGUAG